AUGUUGGUAAAAAUCGGAGCAUCCCCUCUAGAGUGGGUUCAGCUACCACCAGGUGGAGGUAGCAGUGCUGAUGGAGGCAACUUCAAUCUAGCAGGAUACCUAGAAGGAAAAAAACAUGCAAGAGCGAGUGAUACGACAGGUGUUAGCUGUAAAAAUGACAUUUUUGUUUUGUCAUCUAUAUGUAUAGAUAUCUUUUGUCCAGCCGAGAACAGGACGGACACAACGGGCACGUUCUUCUGGUUGAGGCAACAAGUCGGUAAGACGGUCUUAUUGGACUGUCCGUAUGGUUCAAGGGCAAACGAUACGGACACGGCAAAGGCAGAAAGAGAAUGUAGCGGUCUCGGCUGGUUGGAAGCAAACACAAGUCAAUGUCAAUAUCGAUACGACUCGACCCUCACUCGACGACUCCACUUUUUGUCUUUGAGAUCAGUUGACGAAUGGAACGUAGAGGCGAUUGCUAGAGAGGCAGAAAUGAGAGUUCGUGAACUUGCUGUCAGCGGCGCCAAGUCGGUUGAUGUCGAUCUUGUAGCUGACAUUUGCAGCAACGUAGUGAAGUCUAAUCUUACGGGAGAUGUAGCCAAACAGGCUUACGAGAGUGUCGUAAGAGCAAUCAGUAACAUUAUGAAAAUUAGUCGAGAAAUUAUAAGACAAAGCGAAAUUAAUAGCAACAGUAGUAGAAGAUUUGUUGAAAAUUUAGAAAUCAUUGCAGCGAUUUAUGCGAUACCUGCUCACCCUUCAAUACCGCUUAUUGAAACCGAGAGCAUCGUCAUUGACGCAGUGGAAGUAAAUGAUAGCACAUUCGACGGAUUUAUUCGAAAAUAUAAGUCUGAAGAAAUUGCAUUGCCAUCCGCUCUUUUGGCUAUUGGAAAGCACGACAUGUCCGAAGUAAGAAGAAUUCAAGUAAUAUUUUACAAUAGCAGCGUAUUCUUUCGGGACGAGACUUUGGAGAACAAGACGGGAAGUCUACCAGCUAAUUCUGUUAUCGCUGCAAGCGUUAGCCACUUGCGCAUCAGACAUUUACCAAACCCUGUUAUACUUCGUUUUCGUCGAUUCGACACGCCGGACAAUUACUUUCCUGCUUGCUACUUUUGGGAUAACACACUGAAUGAUGAUUUUGGAGGUUGGAACAGAGAAGGUUGUGAAGUAGCCGAAGUGACUUCAAUGGACGUAAUCUGUCACUGCAAUCAUUUGACGAGCUUCUCCUUCCUAAUGACUCCUUGCGGAGGGGAAGGUGUACGAUGUCCUUGCCGUACUGUGGAUGAUGCUUCUCUAUCUCUUGCGUCUUAUGUCGGUUGCGGUGUGUCACUGGCCGGCUUUCUAGCAACGAUCAUUUGCCUCUCGCUUGCCAAAUGUUGCAGACGCGGCGAGAAAAUGGCCGUGCCCGUCAAGAUUCAUUUGAAUUUGUGUGUGGCUCUCGCGCUCGCCAUCAUCGCAUUUUUUGCUGCCAAUCAAGGCGACUCUUCUUCUUCUUCUUCGUCAUGCUUCGCAUGGGCCGCAUUGAUGCAUUUCUUUUUUCUGUCAUCGGUUAUGUGGAUGUUUAUGGAAGGUAUGGGCGUGUAUCGGGACAUUGUCAAGGUGCUAGAUAGCCACUGGUUCGACUGCAGCAAAGGGACGUACUUCUCGAUGGCGAUGAUAGGCGGAUGGGGUUUACCAUUGUUGGUGACGGCUUCUCUUGCAGUUGUUCACAAAUCUGCGAAUGAUUUGGAAAUAUACGGACUGGUACAAGUAUAUUUACAAAAGACUAAAGUCGACACGUCAUAUUGUUGGAUUGUCGACGAAUUUGUUCUGUUGGGUGCUUUCGUUGUUCCGGUAAUAAUUGUAGUCACCUUCAACAUCGUCGUAACCGUCAGAGUGAUGAGGUCUUUGAAGAAACAAGGAGAAUUUGGUAUUCAAAUGACACGCAAGCGCACACACGUUCUGUUCAGUCUCAGUUUUAUUUUUGGACUGACGUGGAUUCUCGGGGCAGCUACCUUCUUUGAUUACGGCCGCAUUACGAAAAGUUCUGGUCCGUCUUGUUUCGUCCUGAAAGUCUUCCACUAUUUGUUUGCGAUCGCCAACUCGUUCCAGGGUUGCACUCUCUUUCUCUUUCAUGUCCUUUUCAAUAAGACAACCCGUAGUCAGAUUGCUGAACGAUUCUGUUUCAAAAAGAAACCGACCUCAAAACAAUAUCAAUAUUCUCGUCGUCGUUUACCUGUUCAAGGUUUCCGGGUAUUUAGUUCUAGGAAGCUACUUGCUGGAUUAGAAAAUGAUAGCAGCACGUUGGAAACAAGUCUGCACAAUUUUUCGACUUUUACUUCGAACUAUCUUGGGUCGUCCGAUUCCAAAACAGAAAAUGAAGAGGCAGAUGCCGACAAGCGUAUCUUGGAAGAAGUGGAUAUGGAGAUGUUCAGUCCUGCUUCCUUUUGAACUUGCCAUGCAACUGUGGCGUAACGAAACAUUUCACGUUUUCGGAAUGGCUUUUCUUUGUGACCGUAUUGUACCGUCUAUAUAUGCAUACCAUUUUAUAGUAAUCUUGCAGUAUAGGGAUGCCAGUCUGCGUAACCAGACCAGCAUUUUGGGAGGGGUCAAGUUAAUAUUAAUAGCUGAUAUUAAUUUAGUAAUAAUAUUGACUUGUACACAAGCCGCUAUUAUUAAAGUUCGUUGCUAUUUUAUGUUUAUGUACACUACAUACAAAAAGGGUACCAUGCUGGUAUC